CUUUCAGAGGAGGCAGCUGCUAAAGCUUAAGGCCAUAUCCUGGUGGUCUCCUGAACAAGCCAGCAGAUUACAGAAGCGGAAGUUGGCUGUUAGCAUAUCUUUGCCCGGAACAACACCCUUAAUGAACAAGUACAUGGAUCACAGAAGUAGACAUUGGCCAUCUUCAUAUUUUAUACAAUACACUUCCUAAACCACACACAAGCAAGUAGGACAACUUCUGGUAUCUAAAGAUAUUUCUUCCCUGUAGCUGACUUAGCUAGUUUGCUCACUUGAAAAUCUUCUACCUUUAACAACGAGAUCAACGCUGUCACCAGACGGCGCCUGACAACCCGUGCGAACACAGCGGGACGGAUCCAUGUCUGGGCUAUCAGGACGCCCUACCUCGUCCCGGUCACCUCGGAGCGUGUUUCUCUGAGCCGAGCCGGCGGAGGGCGUCCCGCUCGUCCACCUCUGAACUCCUGGCUGUCACUGCCGAUAGGCACAGAUGGGAACCUUGGACAUUUCGCUUCUCCAGUGCCUGCCGGGAAGGGGAUAGACUCCCCAGGCGACUCCCGGGUGGCCACGUGGAUGUGGAACACUCCCUGGAAGCGCUGGCAGGCUGUGCGCCGGCCAGGCUUCCCAGACAGACCGGCGCGGUCACCCAGCUCUUGCACGACUGGAACACACAAACUGUGCAAGUCUUCAGGGGACAGCGACGGACAAAUCCUCUUUAUUCUGAGAUGGAAACCGGGUGCUAACACGGAAGUCGCACCCUGAUAGUUUGUCCUAAAUUUAUUUUUUUAGGUUGCAUUUUCUUUCCUUUCCAGAGUUAACCGCCUGCAUCCUCACAGCCCACGAAGGAGAAGCUUCUGGUUUCCAGAGCCAUAGAGGCGAGUGUCCUGAGGAACAAAGGUGAGUGGGCCACUACCCAGAAUGCUCUGAAGGAAACCAGAGCGUCUCCCCCGCAAAAGGUGCCUAUCUGGCACAUUAUUAGCAACCCCAGGCACUGAGGACACAGCAAGUGCAAGGCGGACAUGCCGAACCGCUCAUCUUCCUGAGAACGGGAGAUCAAACUCCCAUGGGAUAGAGACCGUCCCUGGACCGGGAGGGAGGGAGACAUUCUACAUCACCGGAGACGGGACGCAGAGGCACAACUGACGGCUGAGCGAUCCGUACCUGGAAACCUGUCAAACGCGCCCACAUCUUCCUAAUUACUUCUUCACCGCAAAUGACCCACGGCGCAACCCUCCGAACCCUCCAUCGUGUCGAUUCUUCUCGAAUCGACAGAUCUUAUCCAUUCUUUGUCUCAAAGGUAAAGCUUCGUGCUCUGGUCACUUAUUCACGUCGUAAUUCUUUCGUGAAGGUUUCCGUGUGCGUGUGUAAACGUGUCGAAAUCGAGUGCUCUUUUCCUGUUAAUCUGCCUUAGGUCACUUUUGGUCUUAGGCGCCGCCAGAGACGUAAGAAUAGAGAAUGUUCCUCUCCUACAGCUGCUCGAGUGUCCAAUAAGGAGGAAAAUGGAAAGUGGGCAUUAGACAUUCACCACUUAAGUCAUCGGUGUCCCUUGGGGAAAGAGAGUCAUUUUUGGAGCGGUCUGGUGGGCGACAAGUAUGUAGUGAAAUAUGGGGUGGAUGGCGGGUGAAGACGUUGAAAGGAUGCGUGUGGAAAGUACAGGUAUUUACAGAAGUUUGCCGCUAAGGUGGCCCAGACAAAUCGGGGUCCCGGCGAUGAGCUAUGUGAUAGUGCUGGAAUUUUGAAAUAUGUCUCCAUUCUUCUCUGACUCAUGCACCAGGAAAUAUUUUUUUCUUAAUCUGGUUCAACAGAUAUAACUCUCUGGUUUCUGCAUUCGGAUUGAUUAUUAAAUUGUUUUCACUUUUUUUAAGUAGGUGAUUAAUCAGGUAGAAAGCAUUCUCCUAGAAUCUGUGAUAAAAUGUUGAGUGACAACAGCUGCUUUUCUGGGGCUAAAAGUACAAUUAGAAAAUAAAAAUUUUUACACACUUACAGAGAAUUUAUUUAAACUAAUUAUGCUUCACUACCUCAUAGGGAGUUCUGUGUAAGUUUUGAGUAGAUAUAUGGAAAGAAACAUCAAAUUUUGGAGAAAGUGUUGUGUCACUGUGUACUUGAUUUCCACAAGGCUACCUGGAAAACAUCAUAAAUUUUUAGAGGAUAUUACAGCCUAGCCGAUUUCUGUAGGAAAAAAAAAUCACCUGGAAAGAUACCUGUAUGUGAAGUCACAUACAGUUUUCAGUGAUAUGAAGAAAUCAAUCUCGUUUGGAAUGUAGAGAAUGCGAAGACAUGUGGCCAGAAAGGAAGCAAUAAAUAUAUGUAAUGACUUGUUCUAAAAUACAUUAUAGGACCCAUUUUGAGUUCAAACUUUUGUCCUAGGAAUAGUGACAGGCCCAUUAUGAGGUUUAGCCAGACGUCAAAUUCAGCAGCCUUCUCUAUUUAGUAAGUGUUCAAUGGAAAAAUGGAUAAAGAAGAUGCAGUAUAGAGAUAUACAAUAAAAUUUACUCUGCCAUGAGAAAGAGGGAAAUCCUGCUACUUGUGACAACAAAAAUGAAUCUUGAGGGCAUUAUGCUAAGCAAAGUAAGUCAACGCUUUGUAUUUAGAGGUGGAAAAGGUUUGUUGUCAGGAGUUACUUUGGGGGAAUAAUUACUGUCUUACCAAUGGUUGGAUAUUGGUAAGGGACCAUCACCCUGACACAUUCCUCUUCAUAGUUCCAGCUCUGUUAACUGUGAUUCAACCUUUUCGGCUUCAUUUUGAAAGAUAGUCAUUGUUUUCUCAUAAUUCCUUCAGGACCAAACGGUGGCCUUACCAAGUUGGUGAUAGGGACUGAGUAUAGUAUUUGUGUCCCUUGUACUGUUUUGCCAUGUCUGAUAUAGUAGAACAGAGUCUAGUAUUGGAGGUGACAUCCCCAGACACAUAGAUCUUACAAGCAGUACCGUGGACAGAGAUGAGGAAAUUUGAUAAAACAUCAUUGGUGGUCUGAUACUGAGGAUGGGAAAUUCUUGCCAAUCCAAUUUAGCGGGAUUAUUGCUACUGAGGAUAAGGUUUAAAGUGUGGGAUUAGUCAGUAAGCUUCGAAGAGUCUGAAAUGUAGUCGAGGUAAAACGCUGUCCGAUCCAUCUUUGUACCCAACGGCAUCCCUCUAUAUUUCUUGGUAUGACACAAUCUGGAGUGUUUUAUCUCUUGUCCCUGACCAAAAAUACAUAAACUGAUAACACUGCUGUUAUGAUAUGCAGUGCAUGCGUUUGCAUUAACAUAAGAUGAUGUUUACUGGCUUCUGCUAACGGGGAACAUGUUUUGUGGCAGAAUGACUCCACGGAAUAUGUGGAUUUGGAUUUGUAGCCUCUGGUAGCACGCUAAGCUACACACCCGUCUGAAAUGAAGUCUCCCAAACUUGGGUGAUCACCUACAGAGAGCGCUUUGCGCAAAUAUGAGUACCAUCCCUUUAAAGAGGGGGAAUCUGCCACUUCCCAACGCACUUCUGGGCUGAGCCUCGUCUUUUAUGCCAUAAGCCUUUCCCAUCGGCAGUCUUUGGCUCUGAGUGGACUACAUUACCCAGAAUGCUCAGAGUCGAGCGGCAGCACCACUAGCCAGUAAGAACUUAGAAAAGAGGAUGUUCUGCGUGUGGCCCGCCCCACGGGCCAGUACUUCCGGCUUCCUACUCAUGGCGGCAGUAUUGGCUGCUAUGGGUUUUGUUCGCCCGGUGCCAGCUCCAGGGUUCUGGAUCGAGACCGAGGUGACGAAACCAGAGAAGACGCGAGAGGCGUCGUGGUACCCGUUUCACAGGCGCGGGUGUGAGGCGCGGCGACGCAACCUGGGUGACCUUCGCCAGACCGAGUCGGGGACCACGGUGCCAGGCGCCCCCUCCGCUCCCGUUUCGCCCCAGAGUCCAAUGGCGGCGGCCGCGCCGAGGGGCCCGGCUGAGGGCAGGGUGACCUUUGAAGAUGUGACUGUGUACUUCUCCUCAGAGGAAUGGGAUCUCCUUGAUGAGGCUCAGAGACGCCUGCACCAAGAUGUGAUGCUGGAGAACUGGGCACUUAUAACCUCCUUGGGUAGUUGGCAUGGAGCCCAGGAUGAGGAGGCACCUUCUGAGCAGAGCAUUUCUGUACGAGGAGGGUCGGGAUCACGAGUCAGGACUCCCAAGGCAGGUGUGUCUCUCCAGAAGCCCUGGCCCUGUGAGAUGUAUGGUGUGGACUUGAGAGACAUUUCGCACUUAACUAAGCACCAGGGAACACCUCAUGGGCAGAAACUGUACAGGACUGGAGCAUAUGAAGGACAAUUGUAUUUCAGUGCAGAACUUCAGCAUCAGAAGCAGCACACUGGAGAGAAAUGCUUUGGAAGCAACACGGGCAAAGUAUCAUUCGUGAAGGAUUGCACAUUCUGUGUGUCUGGGAAGCCUCUAUUCUGUGGAGAGGGUGUGAGGGACUUCUUGGCCAUCUCAAGGGUUCUCCAGCAUGAGGCAACACGCACCAGGGAGAAGUCAAACAGGAACACUGAGUGUGGGGCAGGCUGUCACAAGGGGGAAAAUCAUUAUGACUCUGAUGAAGGUACAAAUGACUUCAUUUGCAAACGCACACUUGUUCUGCACCUGAGAGUCCAUACUAGAGAAAGAUGCUACAUGUGCAGUGAAUGUGGAAAAUCUUAUAGCACGAGCUACAGCCUUAAUGACCACUGGAGAGUUCACACUGGGGAAAAGCCCUAUGAGUGUGAAAACUGUGGGAAGUCCUUUAGGCAAAGCUCCGGCCUUACUCAUCACCGUCGAGUCCAUUCUGGAGAAAAACCUUAUGAGUGCGGCGAAUGUGGGAAGUCCUUUAGCCAAAGCUCUAGUCUCAUUAAACACCACAGAGUUCACACUGGAGAAAAGCCCUACGAGUGCAGCGAAUGUGGGAAGUCCUUUAGCCACGUCUCGAGCCUCAUUCAACACCAGAGAGGUCACACUGGUGAAAGGCCUUAUGAGUGCAAUGAAUGUGGGAAGCCCUUUACCCACCAAUCAGAUCUGAUUCGACACCAGAGAGUUCACACUGGAGAGAGACCUUAUGUGUGUAGUGACUGUGGGAAGUCCUUUAGACAGUUCUUCACCCUCAUUGGACACCGGAGUGUCCACACCGGAGAAAGGCCGUAUGAGUGCAGUGUCUGUGGGAAAGGCUUUAGCCGUCAAGUUAUCCUCACUGAACAUCAGAGAGUUCACACCGGAGAAAGACCUUAUCAGUGCAGCGAAUGUGGAAAAUCCUUUACCCGCAAAUCUGAUCUCCUUCAACAUCUGAGAAUUCAUACUGGCACAAGACCUUAUGAGUGCGGUGAAUGUGGGAAGUCUUUCAGCCAGCAUUCUGGCCUUACUCAUCACCGUCGAAUCCAUUCUGGAGAAAAGGCUUAUGAGUGUGGGGAAUGUGGAAAGUCCUUUAGCCAAAGCUCUAGCCUCAUUCAACACCAGAGAGGUCACACUGGAGAAAAGCCCUAUGCAUGCAAUGAAUGUGGGAAGUCCUUUACCUACAAAUCCGAUCUUAUUCAGCAUCAGAGAGUUCACACUGGAGAAAGACUAAGCGAAUGUGGAAAAUCCUUUACCCGCAAAUCUGAUCUCAUUCAACACCUGAGAAUUCAUACUGGCACAAGGCCUUAUGAGUGCAGUGAGUGUAAGAGAUCCUUUAGCCAGCAUUCUGGCCUUACUCAUCACCGUCAAAUCCAUUCUGGAGAAAAGGCUUAUGAGUGUGGUGAAUGUAGGAAACCCUUCACCUAUAAAUCUGAUCUUCAUCAACACCAGAUAGUUCACGCUAAAAAAAGACAUCAUGUGUAGUGAAUGUGGGAAGUCAUUUGCCAUAAAUCCAACCUUAAACCCCAGGCAGUUUACACUGGAGAAAAGCCUUAAGUGUUCUGGGAAUGUUUUCUUCUGUCAUUCAGUAUAACAUUACUAGAGGAGACACUGUAGAGGCCAUUACCUGAAUUAAAAUCUCUUUUGUCCAGA